UCAGCCGGAGCCUGGCAGAGGCGGCCCCGCCGCGGUCUUUCCCCGCUCAGUGCCCGUCGCUCGCUCACUCGUUGCCGGCUGCAGCCUCUCGUCCUGCUCGCCCGUCCGGAGCCCGGAGGAUGGUGCUGCCUGAGGAAGAGCGCGCCCCCGGGGUGUACCGGGCGCCCCCGGAACUGGUGCGGGAGGCGCAUGUGCCCUCAUUGGAAAAGUACAGGGAGCUUUACCGCCGCUCGGUGGAGGAGCCGCAGGAAUUUUGGGGUGAUAUUGCCAAAGAAUUUUACUGGAGAAGCCAGUACACUGGACCAUUUCUGCAGUACAACUUUGAUGUCACUAAAGGAAAAAUCUCCAUUGAAUGGAUGAAAGGGGCUACAACUAACAUUUGCUACAAUCUGUUGGACAGGAAUGUCUAUGAGAAUAAACUUGGGGACAAAAUAGCUUUCUACUGGGAAGGAAAUGAACCAGGGGAUAACAUGAAGAUCACAUACAGUGAGCUGCUGUGUAAAGUUUGCCAGUUUGCCAAUGUUCUUCAGGAGCAAGGUGUGAAGAAAGGAGACAGAGUUUCUAUCUAUAUGCCAAUGAUUAUUGAACUGGUGAUAGCUAUGCUGGCAUGUGCCAGAAUUGGAGCACUUCAUUCCAUUGUGUUUGCAGGUUUUUCAGCAGAAUCCCUUUGUGAAAGAAUCCUUGAUUCUCAUUGUUCUCUUCUCAUUACUGCAGAUGCCUUUUAUAGAGGUGAUAAGCUGAUUAACCUGAAGCAGAUAGCAGAUGAAGCCUUGCAGAAAUGUAAAGACAAGGAUGCUCCUCUACGAAGGUGCAUUGUGGUCAAGCAUUUAGGGAGGGAAGAGCUGUUAUCAGAUGGGCCCAGCAGCAAAUCUCCACCUCUUAAGAGGCUCUGUCAAAGUGUACAGGAAAAAAAGGCUGAGAGCUCAAAGAAAGUCCAUCCCAAGAUUCCUUGGGAUUCAGAAGUAGAUGUUUGGUGGCAUGAUGUUAUGAAAAAUGCUAGCAAGGAGUGUGAGCCUGUUUGGUGUGAUGCAGAAGAUGAAUUGUUUAUUCUCUACACUUCUGGAUCAACAGGGAAACCAAAGGGUGUUGUACAUACUAUAGGUGGAUAUAUGAUUUUCACUGCUGCUACAUUUAAAUACGUAUUUGAUUACCAUCCUGAGGACAUUUACUGGUGCACAGCUGAUAUUGGAUGGAUAACUGGCCAUUCCUACCUCACAUAUGGGCCUUUGGCAAAUGGGGCAACUAGUGUCUUAUUUGAAGGACUUCCCAUUUACCCAGAUGUUGGCCGCAUGUGGAGUAUCAUUGACAAGUACAAGGUGACCAAGUUCUACACAGCACCCACUGCCAUCCGCCUCCUUAUGAAGUAUGGAGAUGAACCUGUUAGGAAGUACAGCAGGAAGUCUCUGAAGGUCUUAGGAACAGUUGGGGAGCCCAUAAACCCAGAAGCAUGGCUGUGGUACUACAGGGUUGUGGGAGAAAAGAGAUGCCCUAUAGUGGAUACCUUCUGGCAGACAGAGACGGGUGGCCAUGUGUUGACUCCUCUCCCUGCUGCCAUACCAAUGAAGCCAGGAUCUGCAACAUUCCCUUUCUUUGGGGUGGUUCCUGCUGUGCUGGAUGAAGCUGGGGAAGAGCUGGAAGGAGAAGCAGAAGGCUAUCUGGUUUUUAAGCAACCUUGGCCUGGAAUAAUGCGCACAGUGUACAAAAAUCACCAGCGGUUUGAGUCCACUUACUUUAAGAAGUUUCCUGGUUACUAUGUGACUGGAGAUGGCUGCAAAAGAGAUAAAGAUGGUUAUUAUUGGAUCACUGGUCGAAUUGAUGACAUGCUGAAUGUUUCAGGACACUUGCUGAGCACUGCAGAAGUUGAAUCAGCUCUGGUAGGACACUCUGCUGUUGCAGAGGCAGCUGUAGUAAGCCAUCCACAUCCAGUGAAGGGAGAGUGCCUCUACUGUUUUGUGACUCUAAGAGAUGGUCACGAAUUCACAAAGAAUUUGACGGAAGAACUGAAGAAGCAAGUUAGAGAAAAGAUUGGACCUAUUGCAACUCCAGAUUAUAUUCAGCAUGCUCCCGGCCUGCCUAAAACCCGUUCAGGCAAAAUUAUGCGGCGGGUACUUAGGAAGAUUGCCAAAAAUGACCGGGAGCUGGGAGAUACCUCAACAGUGGCAGAUCCAGCAGUUAUAAAUCACCUUUUCAGUAAUAGGUGUGAAACAGUACUGUAGCAGGACCAUCCUAGAGAAAACAGCAGUAGCGCAGGAAACUUGGUGAGAUGGGCACCAUCCAGACAAUGACUGUGUAUUCCUCCAGGCAGAGAUGCUGCCUCAUGCUGAGCAGAAUGCAAGAUGCUGUAAAUGAAGACAAGAAACUGGUGCUCCAAGAUCCAGUCCUCAUUUUGUGUUGUAGAGCUAGCUGUCUGUGACCCUGCAGAACUGUGUGCAUUAUGUUGUAGACCAAUACUGCAUAUAUGAAAUUCCAGCCUCAUUCAUAUUGUACAGAACAAUUAUAUUUUAACUGUCAUACCUGUUUCAUAUAUUUUGGGUUUUUUUUUUUUUAAUUUCUAACCUGUUGCAAUGGGCAGAGCUCAGAAGGUGGAAAUAUUGUUAAGGAAAGUUGCUCCUGAGCUGUACUUACAGGCCUUUAAAAGGGCUUGGACUGGUCAGGAACCUUCAUGCUGAGGCAUACUUAUUGGAACAAAACGUUAGCAAUCUGGCAUUCACUUGAAAAAUACUAAUAGAACUCUGGCUGCAUGUCAUAGACUAUGGGAACUUCUAGAGAAUUAUAAACGAUAAAACUGGAAAAAUAAUGUUGUUAACUCUACUUGAUGUUGGUCUGGAAUUGACAGUUAAUGGAAGUAAUCUUCCUCCCUAGAGGGGGCAGUGCUGUCUAGGUAUUUGAUGGGUUUGUGGCAUGAGGAGUUGUACUUAAGUGCAUAGCUGAAUUUUCCCAGAGCAGUUGCUCUUUACUGGUGGGGGAUAUUACGGCAGGAGGCUAUAGUCAUGGAAUGCUGUGUUCAUACAAAGCUGUUCCAUACCAAGGAUGGCUCUCAGAUUUGUUGUGGUAAUUGGUGUAAUGCCGGAACCAGUUGGAUCUGGAUGGUAAGAGGGCUCUUCAUUUUCCUUGAUAAAAGGUUGGAUGUUAUAGAUACCUAAGGAACUUUAAAAGCAGCAUCAAUUCAACUUUUUUCUCCAUAUGAGGCCCACAGUUACUUGGAAAAAAGUGUGAACUAUGCCAUUGUUUUCCAGUAGUGAUUAUGACAGCUAGAACGAACUACGAGAAUUGUGGAAAUCACUUUCAACUACAUAGCCCAUUUAUGCUUCCAUUUCUCCAUAUGAUCAUGGGUGUGUGUCUGGGUCCAAAAACAAGCUGCUUGGGGAAGGGGGGGAGGGAACCAACAACACUGGGUACUAGCCCAUGCAGGGGGUGCCCUUUCUCGUACGUUAGAUGAAUAUAGCCAUAGGCAUCAUAAAGGUCAAUAAGAUUUGUUCCUUCUCAGAUGUUCAGUUCCUCAUUGUGGAGGCAUAGGAAAAAUGAUCAAAUCAGUUGUAGGCAGAGGUAUGAUACAGGUUUAUGUAACCAUGGGAGAACAUGAAAUAAGCCCUUUUAGUAUAUAGAUGACAAGGAUAAUCUUAAUGUUUCAAUAAACUAAUAAAAAUAUGUAAUUGCAAUAACAGACAUCAGUAACUGGUAUGGGGAUGUUUUUCCUCUGUAUUUGUAUUGGAAAAGCCAUGCAUGUGAAUGUCUGCAAAAGCUAGGUGUUAAAUGUUGGCUGUGAUCAGUGUUGUGCCAUCCAAAAAUGUCUGCUUUGCCCAUGCAAUAGUUUGGAAAUUGGAACUGCCUAAAACAAUACAUCCCAUAAACAAUGUCCUUGCUGAUUAAUGUUGCCCCAAUCUUGGCUCAUGUUAUUUCUUCCAUGCUGUUUAAUAUUCUAAAUGCACUUAUCUGUGGUCUGCAACAUCAAAGUAUAUUUAACCCCCAUAUCCUACAGCAUUAAAGCUAGGCCAGUGGCUGCUAUGUGCUGUUAAUAGGAAACAAGUCCUUUACUUUUAAUCUGAGUCUGAUAUUUCGGGUGGGAAAUGGCUAGAGUUCUGUUUUUAAUUGAAAUAAAAAUCAAAGAAUAAACCUAUAUAAAUCCUU